ACAUCAGGCAUCCAGAAGAGCUCUCCCUUUUGAGGAAACCCAGAGAUCCAUCAAAGAAAAAAAAGAAGAAGUUGGAUGAUCAAUGUGAAGACGACGCCUUCGAGCUGGAGGGUCCUCUGAUCACACCGGGGUCGGGCAACAUCUACUCGAGCCCAGGGCUGUACAGCAAAACGAUGACGCCGACAUACGACGCCCACGACGGCAGUCCCCUGUCACCCACGUCAGCCUGGUUUGGGGACAGCGCCCUGUCGGAGGGCAACCCGGGCAUCCUGGCCGUCAGCCAGCCCGUCACCUCCCCAGAGUCCUUGGCAAAGAUGUACAAGCCCCAGGCACUGCUCGACAAAGCCAAAAUCAACCAAGGAUGGCUGGAUUCAUCCCGAUCCCUCAUGGAGCAGGAGGUGAAAGAAAACGAGGCUUUGCUGCUCCGGUUCAAGUACUACAGCUUUUUUGACCUGAACCCAAAGUACGACGCGAUCAGGAUCAACCAGCUGUAUGAGCAGUCCAAAUGGGCCAUCCUGCUGGAGGAGAUCGAGUGCACAGAGGAAGAGAUGAUGAUGUUUGCAGCCCUGCAGUACCACAUCAACAAGCUGUCCAUCAUGUCCUCGGAGAACCACCUGAACAACAGUGACAAGGAGGUGGACGAGGUGGACGCAGCGCUCUCGGAUCUGGAGAUUACUCUGGAAGGUGGCAAAACAUCAACGAUCCUGGGUGACAUCACAUCCAUCCCAGAGCUCGCCGACUACAUCAAAGUCUUCAAGCCCAAGAAGCUGACAUUGAAAGGCUACAAGCCAUAUUGGUGCACCUUCAAAGAUACCUCUAUCUCCUGCUACAAAAGCAAAGAGGAAUCCAACGGGACUCCUGCACACCAGAUGAACCUGAGAGGUAAGAGAAGCAUGAGCAGCACUGCACUGGCAGCAAGUGUGCAGCUGGCCCCAAGCUGA